GAUACAAUGAUCGGGGAGCUCCGAAGGCACCGGUGAGUCUUCACCACUGACGCCUUGGCAAAUCCAACUCUGUAAAAAUCUGUGAAUGAAACGAAGGAUCACAGUCUCCUGAAUGGCGACACCAUUUUUGGCGGGAGUUGCUGUAGCUGCGACUGCACUUGCUGGUAGAUAUGGUAUCCAAGCUUGGCAAGCAUUCAAGGCUAGGCCACCUAGGCCCAAAAUCAAGAAAUUCUACGAAGGCGGUUUCCAGCCUACCAUGACCAAAAGAGAAGCUGCUCUCAUUCUUGGCAUCAGGGAGAAUGUUCCGGCGGAGAAAGUGAAGGAAGCACACAGGAAAGUAAUGGUUGCAAACCAUCCAGAUGCAGGUGGUAGCCAUUUCUUGGCCUCUAAGAUCAACGAAGCUAAGGACGUCAUGCUCGCCAAAACUAAAGGCGGCGGAUCCCCCUUUUGAUGCUCCAUUAGAAUCAUCUCUGUCUUUGUUAUAGGCUUUAUAGCAAUGCAUUGUUAAAGUGGAGAUUGUACGCAGACCAUAAGCUUUGUGGUCUCUUUGCGACAUAAAGACUCAAAAUCUUUGUUUGAUUUGUGACGUACAUAACAACAAACUUCUAAGCGGAAGGGUUUUUGUGUUUCCGAGUAAAUAA